UAUUUACUUUAAGAUGCACUUUAGUUUAGACGAGGGAUGAAGUGUCAGGUUGCAUGAAUCGUCUCAUUAAAAGAUUUAAACUGAUGCAGAAGAAGAACAGGAACUUAUUGAAAACAUAAUGAAGACAUUUUCUGUCACAGUUUUGUUUUAACAAAAGAAAAACUACCAAAGUACCAUCAUCAAAAUGCAGGCUACUUAAAUGAAAACAUUCACCAUCCAGAAUAAACCAUUUGAGCAUGACGUUUGUUAUAUUACUGUAUUAUCACACAUAUACAUAUAUAUUUGCAACAAAUGAGUAUCCCAAAAUACAAUUAAAUAUUGAUAUACAUGAUUGUUAAACAUUCAAAACUUUCUUACAUAUAAGAAAAAAAAAAAACUCAGAUAUACAAGAAACCAAAGCAAACUUGUGCAAGAGACGUAUGUGAAUCAAGAACUCACCCAGAGACAAAGAAGGAAAUAAACAGAAACACACACAAAUAAAAACCAAUGAGCUACAGAUGGAAAUAAAUAAGGGACAGAUAUGCAGUUGUCUUUCUAGGGGCCCCCGAGCCUGAGUCUUACAUUUACAGCCAUACAUGUUUAAAUGUCAUAAUGUGAUGUCGUGGAAAAUACACAGCACAGCUUGUUCACCAGCAGAACCGACGUGUGACUGUGUAAUUACUCAUCAAUAAGAGGAUUCGACGCUGAACGUGCAGCAAACCGAUCAAUCACACAGGACUGAGCGGUGUCUAGUUUUUCGGGCGGACGUGCUCACUGCCUUGGAACAUUCUCCUCACUGUGCGUGGAUGUGUGUGUGAGUGAGUGUGUGUGUGUGUGUGUUGAUGUCGACCGACCGCAACCGAGUCUGACGCCGAAACAACGAGGCUCCAGCCCCGCCAGAGACGCUCCGGGUGACCCGCUACACCUCGACGCCUCUCCCCCCCCCGUGUUGCUGUUGUUUUUGUCGCGGUGCUGGACGCGGCGAUCCGUCCCGUCCGAGCCUCCUCCGGCGGGUCAGCCCGAGACGAUGAGCCAGCCUCGGCCGGACGAGUUCCAGCCUCCUCCGGAGUGCCCGGUCUUCGAGCCCAGCUGGGAGGAAUUCGCUGACCCCUUCGCCUUCAUCAACAAGAUCCGUCCCAUCGCGGAGAAAACGGGCAUCUGCAAAGUCCGGCCGCCUCCGGGUUGGCAGCCUCCAUUUGCCUGUGAUGUGGACAGACUUCACUUUGUUCCUCGCAUCCAGAGGCUUAAUGAACUUGAGGCUCAAACCAGAGUUAAGCUCAACUUCUUGGACCAGAUUGCCAAAUUCUGGGAUUUGCAGGGAUGUGCCCUGAAGAUUCCUCACGUGGAGAGGAAGAUUUUGGAUCUGUAUAAGCUAAACAAGCUGGUGGCAGAUGAGGGUGGUUUUGACAUCGUCUGUCAGGACAGGCAAUGGACCAAGAUUGCAGUACAAAUGGGCUUCGCCCCUGGCAAAGCUGUCGGCUCACACCUGCGAGGGCAUUAUGAGAAAAUCCUCUAUCCCUACAAUCUCUUUCAGAGCGGAGCAAACCUGCUGGCACCAGAGGCAGCUUCCAAACUGAUGCGUUUGGAGGCUGAUCCUGAACUUGACGAGUGUGUUCAGAAGCCCGUCCCGUCAGUGGAGAGCACAGGAAGCCGGGAGAGUCUGGACACCAAGGAGCUCAAGCUGCAGGACCAGGCUCAGAGGCCAACUGCCCAGACGCCCAACAUGUGCCCCAGCGCUCGCAGAGCCAAGCGCAUGAAGUGUGAGGCCGUGUGUGUGAAGACUGAACCAGGAGAACCUGGCGAGAGCAGGCCGAACCUGAGGCGGAGGAUGGGUUCUUUUGUUGCCAAGCCAGAACCAGAAAAAGAAAUUCCCAUUCCAGUGAAAGUGGAACCAGUUGAAAUCAAAGAACCAAUAACUGAAGCAGACAAAUCGAAGUCACGGUACAAGAAAUUCCUCCCCCCAGUUCCUCCAAGUCCAGUGGAUCUGGUUGUGUGUCUGGUGUGUGGCAGUGGGGGAGAUGAAGACCGUCUGUUGCUGUGUGACGGCUGUGACGGCAGCUAUCACACUUUCUGCCUGAUCCCUCCUCUGCACGACGUCCCCAAAGGAGACUGGAGGUGCCCCAAGUGUCUGGCUCAGGAAUGCAACAAACCACAUGAGGCAUUUGGCUUUGAGCAAGCGUACAGAGACUAUUCCCUGCGUGCUUUUGGGCAAAUGGCUGAUGCAUUCAAAUCAGAUUACUUCAACAUGCCAGUUCAUAUGGUACCCACAGAGCUGGUGGAGAAAGAGUUCUGGCGUUUGGUCGGAGCCAUUGAAGAGGAUGUCACGGUGGAAUAUGGAGCAGAUAUUGCCUCAAAAGAGUUUGGGAGUGGAUUCCCCAUUCCGAAUGGAAAAUUAAAGCUUUCCCCAGCUGACGAGAAAUACCUCAAGUGUGGCUGGAACCUCAACAACCUGGCGAUGAUGAACCCCUCUAUACUGACUCAUGUGACUGCUGACAUCUGUGGGAUGACACUGCCAUGGCUUUAUGUUGGCAUGUGCUUCUCCUCCUUCUGCUGGCACAUUGAAGAUCACUGGAGCUACUCCAUUAACUACCUGCACUGGGGGGAACCCAAAACCUGGUACGGAGCUCCUGGCUUUGCAGCAGAACAGCUGGAGGAAGUGAUGAAGAAACUGGCCCCUGAGCUUUUCGACUCUCAGCCUGAUCUGCUGCACCAACUAGUCACCAUCAUGAACCCCAACACCCUGAUGGCCUAUGGAGUCCCAAUUUACAGAACAAAUCAGUGUGCUGGUGAGUUUGUCAUCACGUUUCCCAGAGCUUACCACAGUGGCUUCAAUCAGGGCUUCAACUUUGCUGAGGCAGUCAACUUCUGCACUGUGGACUGGAUGCCUCUUGGCAGGCAGUGUGUCGACCACUAUCGAAUGCUGCACAGGUACAACGUGUUCUCCCAUGAUGAGAUGGUGUGCAAUAUGGCCUCGAAAGCAGGAACACUUGAUGUGGUCCUGGCCUCCGCUGUCCACAAGGACAUGGUCGUCAUGCUCCGAGAGGAGCAGGACAUUAGAGAGAAAGUGAAGAAAAUGGGGCUGAUUCAUUGCAAGGAGGCAAAAUAUGAUCACCUCCAGGAUGAUGAGCGACAGUGUGCCAAGUGCAGGACCACCUGCUACCUGUCUGCCGUCACCUGUCCCUGUAGCCCAGGGGUACUGGUCUGUCUGCACCACAUCAACGACCUGUGCUCCUGCCCUAUCGCCAACUACACACUGAAUUUCAGAUACACACUGGACAAGCUGUUCCCCAUGAUGAAUGCUGUGAAGCAGCGAUCUGAGCUGUAUGACGAAUGGGCCUCCCGUGUGGCAGAGACUCUAGAGGCCAAACUGGAGAAGAAGAGAGGCCUGCCAGUCUUUCGCUCCCUUCUCGCUGAAUCAGAGUCCAAGCUGUUCCCCGAGAAUGACCUGCUGCGUCGGCUGCGUCUGGUCACACAAGAUGCAGAGAAGUGCUCCUCGGUGGCUCAGCAGCUGCUGAACGGGAAGAGGCAGACCAGGUAUCGAUGUGGUAGUGGGAAAUCACGGAGCCAGCUGACCGUGGAGGAGCUGAGUUCGUUUGUGAGGCAGCUGUAUAACCUCUCCUGCUGUCUCCCUCAGGCUCCUAAGUUGAAGGAACUCUUGAACCGUAUCGAAGACUUUCAGCAGCACAGCGAGAAAGUCCUGGCAGACCAAGUUCCUAGCGUCGCUGAGAUCCAAAGCCUGCUGGACGUCAGCUUUGACUUUGAUGUGGACCUGCCCGAGCUUCCUCGCCUAAGAGUGAGGCUGGAGCAGGCACGCUGGCUGGAGGCGGUGCAGCAGGCCAGCGCCCAGCCCGCCACCCUGACUCUGGAGACCAUGAGGAGGCUCAUCGACCAGGGAGUCGGCCUGUCACCUCAUCCGUCCGUGGAGAAAGCCAUGGCACGUCUUCAGGAGCUGCUCACCGUGUCUGAGCACUGGGAGGACAAGGCGAGCAGCCUCCUUAAAGCCAGACCACCACACUCCAUAGAGACCCUUAGUGCUGCUGCUGAGAAGGCAUCUGAUAUCACCGCUUACCUCCCACACUGUCUGCUGCUGAAAGACACCAUCAGAAAGGCCCGGGAGUGGCUUCAAGAAGCUGAGGAGCUUCAGGCCAGCGGCUGCAUACUGCGGGUGGACAGCCUCUCUGACAUGGUGCUACGAGGACAAGCCAUUCAAGUCCACCUGGAACCUUUGGACCAACUGGAGUCUUUAAUGGUAGAAGUGCAAGAAUGGAAAGAAUCUGCAGCAACAACUUUUCUUCAGACAGACUCUGCUCUUACUUUACUGGAGGUUCUGUCCCCAAGAUUUGACCUUGGAAAUAUUGGUUCUCCAAAGAGAAAGAUCAAAAAAGGCAAAGAGUCACCGAAAACUAACAAAAAGAAAACGCCAGGACUCAACUCUCUCACUGAUGUGGAGAAAGUGCUUUCAGAGCACAAGGAUUCUACCUCUGCAAUGGCAACUCUUGAGGAGCUGCAGGUGAGGGAGAUGGAGGCUUUCUCUAAUCUCAGGGCAGCAAAUGAGUCUAAGCUCCUUCCCACCGCAGACUGCAUGGACCUCAAGGUGUGUGUCUGUCAGAAGGCGCCCAUGGGUGCAAUGCUGCAGUGUGAACUCUGCAGGGACGCCUUCCACAGUGUGUGUGUCAGAGACACAUCAGACCCCUGCAAAACACAGCCGUGGCUCUGUCCGCAGUGCCAGCGAUCAGAAAAACCCCCCUUGAACAAAGUCCUCUCCCUGCAAUCAUCUCUGCGGCACAUUGGGGUGCGCCUGCCUGAGGGCGAUGCUCUGCACCAUGUGGUGGAGAGGACAAUUAACUGGCAGCACCGAGCACAACGGAUUUCAAAGAUGUGUAACCUACCGGAGCUGGAAGAAAGACCAGGAACUCCUCCCACUCUCACCAGCUGGGUAUCAGGCAGCCAUGAAACUCACAACAACUCUCAGGCGCCCUCCUUGACUCCAGAGUGGAACAGGACAAGCCAUGCUCAGACUGUCUUUUACACCGAGCAGAGAUGUAUACCACUGCAGGGCUUGAGUCGGGAGCUGGAGGAUUUGAUGGUGGAGGGGCUCCUGCUGCAGGUGUCUCUGCCAGAGGUCCAGAGCCUCUACCACACAUUACUGGACCGAGUCACCAGCCAGCAAACAAACAGAUGCACGUUGCCGCCACAGGAGGAGGCCACAGACACUGAUGUACACACGCAGUUUAACUCUCAGGGAAAAAAUCUGCCACUGAACCAGGAGGAUGUCGACGCCAUGAGGGAAAUUAUGACUGGCUCAGAAAAGAAAGGGAAGCGACAUUUGGAGGACAAAAAACAUUCUCACAAAAGACAGAAGAUAAAUAAGAAGAAUCUGCAGCGCAGAACAGCAUCAACCUCAUCCUCCCCACGCUCUGAUUUCUCCCAGUCUGACGAAUCUGAGGAGGAAAUGGCCGUUUGUCCAGCAGAGAGGUGUCAGCUGCCAGAGGGAGAUGAGGUGAACUGGGUCCAGUGUGACGGCAGCUGUAACCAGUGGUUCCACCAAGUCUGCGUCGGCGUUACAGCUGAGAUGGCGGAGAAGGAGGACUACAUUUGUGUCAGGUGUACGCUGAGCGACGGACACAUGAGAAAAUGAAGAGACAGCUAAGGUUUCGGUGAAGGAUGUUGCCCGGAGAGGUCUGUCUGUCAUCAGCCUGAUAUCGGAGCCACCAGUCUGGAUGUGUCACUGACCCCUCACCCCCCCUCACCCCCCUCACCCCUGUCCCAUCUGUCCUUUUGUAACAACGGUGCUAUCUCCUCUUUGACUUGUUGUCCAGAACUAUAAUGUUUAGUUAUUUUUUGUUUUGUAUUUUUACAUAUAUAUAUAUAUUAUAUAUAUUUCUUUCUUCUUAUGAAUUGUUUGUGGUUGUCUAAAUGAAAAAGAAAAAUGACAAAAAAAAACCAAACACUUGAUGUGAAGUGUGCUGCAUGGGAUUCCGUUGCGUUGGCGCAAAGGAGUCUUCCAACAUGAAGCACCUGUAAAGAGGGUUAAUCAAGGGUUCAUUUGAUCUCCUCUGGAACCUCCCUGCAUGUUAAACCAGAGCCGAGGGGACUGAAACAAUUACUAUGACUUUUUUUUUCUUUGAGAUCCAGUGUUUAGUACAUGCAUCUUAAUAUAAUUAUUCCCGGUUUCUUUUGUAGAAUAGUUUUAUUUAUCUGAGCAAUAAUUUUUGUCUGAGUUGACUUAAAUGGCUUGAUAUCCGCUGAGUUGUGUUUUCUUUAGCGAUGGUGUGAUGUACAGGAAGUUUCGCCGGUGGACGGUUCACUGCUGCGGAGGACAAAUGUCGCAUGCCGAAGAAAAAAAAAGUCUCUGUUGACACGUAACUCUGCAGUAGUGUAGUCUGGGUAAUGAUACUAUGGGAAGGACUCGGGGUUGUAGCUGAAGAUGUUACACGUUUAUAUUGUGGAAUAAAGCCCUUUUGUUUUAUGGAGAA